AUGGCUAAGGGACGCAAUGGCUGCGGGACGCGGUGGCGGUGGGCUGCUCGAUUGGUGGUGGUGGCUGUAAUGGUUCUCAGAGAAGAGAGGAGAGAUGAGUGGAUGUCUGAUAGUGAGUUGGAUUUGGAUGAUGGCAGCACGUUAGAGUUUUCAGGCCAUUGGACUGAUGGUUGGAGCACCGAUUUGGGAGAUGGGGAUGAUUUGAACGGGUUGAAGGAAUCACUGACUGAGGAAGGGGAUAGUGGCCAUGUAGAUAGUGAAUACGAAGGCAAGGAUGAUGAUGGAAAUGAUAUGCAUGCUUUCGCAGAGGAUCAUGCAAACUCCGAGAAUGUCAUGGGUAAACAAUUCAGCUGUCCAGACAUUGUGAUUGCUUUUGUGUUAUUAUGUGUAGAAUUUAAUGGGAUUGGAGAUGCGUAUGCAAGCUAUGUAGCGUAUGCAAAGGGUAUUGGUUUUGCGGUGCAAAAGAGAGAUUCUAUUAAAGACGAGGAAGGAAAUAUUGUUAGGAAGUUUUUCUACUGCAAUCGGCAAAGGCUGCGUGAAAAGAAGCAUUACGAGCGAGUUGACAGAAAAAGGACUCAUAAACCAGAGAUGAGAAUGAAUUGCGAUGCCAAGCUUGUGGUGUUUUUGGACAAAAUUUAUGGGAAAUGGCGGAUGAAAAUAUUGGUCGAGGAACAUAAUCAUGAGUUGGCGCCCCAAGAGUUCACUAAUAUCAUGGCUUCACAUAGGAAGAUCCCAAAAGGGCACAAAGCGCAUAUACAUAGAAUGCAUGAAGCUGGGUUCCAAACAACUCAAAUAAGGGGUUUCUUUGCCCACAUGUGUGGUGGAUAUCAGAAUCUUAACUUCAUAAGUAAGGACUUGGUAUAA